AUGCAUCCACUCCUCAACGACGACGUUCUACGACGAGUUUUUGACUUUCCUAAGCAGGCCCGUGACAAUCCUACGCUUGUACGUUCAGCUCAGGUCAGCAGAGCAUUUUCAGAGCCUGCGCUGGACGCGCUCUGGGAUGUGACCGACUUGCUGCGUCUGGUUCGACUUUUGGACGUACUAUCUACAGUCCAUUCCGUACGCAACUACGGGCUACCCUUGACAAAAUAUGUCGUCGAGAAAGAGCCGUCCCCGGAGCAAUGGGAAAGAUUCCACAGCUACGCUCGGCGCGUGCACAGCCUGUAUAUAUCAAUAUCGUUGUUUGACUCCAAGGAUCCAUCAGCUGUCGCUGCUCUCAUCAUCGAGCGGUCGCGGAUUCAGGUACUCUUCCCCUCUUUGCUCCAUCUUUCAUGGGAAUCCGGUUCGCCUGCUCCAGAACUGCUACGUCUCGUCGGCUGUGUCGUGACACAGUCCGUCAGCUCUCUUCAAUCUGUUAGAUUGCAAGGCAGAGGUGGUGUGUCCAUUCACGAUCCCCAAGCACUCCAGCAAUUCGAAUCCAUGCUUCACACGUUAACCACCAAGGCACCAUUUCUCCAUACACUUGAGCUGUACACACAUUAUCUCCUUUCGUUGCAGUCUCUGCCUCCUUGCCAGCGGCUUAGGCGUUUUGUGUGCCCGUGCACCACUCUGUCUGGUCUGUUGCAGUAUUGUGGGCAUAUCGAGAGUCUCAGCUCGCUGGAAGUGGCGGGGAUAUACGGCGAGGAAGACGUUAUUCCUGCUUGCAUCGGUUUCCCGUCUUUGAGGACUCUCCGCCUCGUAGAGGGGCGCAUCGUCAAUUUCAUCCCGCUCCUUAAUGCCAUAACAUCACCUCAUCUCGGGUCGGUCCAAAUCUCCGCUUUUACAGUGGGCAGCUGGCGUGAUUUUCGCGUCUGUUUCAAUGUGCUACCACGUAAUUUUUGUUCUUCCCUUCGAGUCCUCUGGUUGUGGGGCAUACCGUACAAAUUGGACAACGACAGCCCAAGCUUCGGAUUUUUGAUCGAGCCGCUGCUGCAUUUGCAUCAGCUGGAGGAACUCAUACUCAAUCUAGAUAUUCACCCAACCAAUCCACCUUCAUGCGUCCUGACCGACCGUGAUACCCAUGAUAUGGCAUCCGCGUGGCCGAAGUUGACCCAGCUCUGGCUCUACCUGAGGCUAGCCGCUGCCCCAUCCGUUUACUGCCUUGCUACAUUCGCGCAGAAAUGUCCCUUGUUAAAGAGGCUCGGGAUCUUGUGUAAUGGCAUGCACGAUACGCCGUACCCAGAGCUUCCCGAGACGCCCCAUCCUUGCGAUGCCCGGAACGUGCGACUCAGUUGGACGCAGCUCGUCAUAACAGACAGCCCCCGACUUGCCCGCUUCAUCAUAGACUGGUUCCCCAAUAUUGACCUGCAGGAUGUCAGAGACCGUCGUCAGAUUAGUAGCGAGUUUUUGCAGCUUUUGGAAAUGUUUCAAGCCGCAGCAUCCUGA